AUGGAUAAAAAAAUUCAAGCAUUUACUCGAAUUUGCUUACAACCCGAUAACCCUCACGAAUACAACGGAACAUGGAGCGAAAAACCGGCAUGUUCAAGGUCAUGUCCGGAUCCUUACAAUUCUAACUUCAGAAAUGGAAGCAUACAGGGAAAUGCGUAUUUCUACCCCGAAACAAUCUCACUAAAUUGCGCGGAAGGUCACGAGCUCGUCGGCGGAGGAUCCUAUUAUCAGUGCAAUCAAAGUGGUCAGUGGCAAGAAAUAUCAAAACCCAGUGACGAGGCAUUACAACAAGCCAAUGAGAGAAUCAACUCGGAACUUGAGAAAGUAAAAGCUUGCAUAUCGCCAAAGUCAAAUUCAAUCAAAACAAGGCACUUUCCCACCAAAGUGACACAAUUUCCUACAUGCCAACCUAAAUAUUGUAUGAAACCUGUUGUUAACAGUCACUGUACUCUGGUUUCAAGGAGCUUCCAUUAUCCAAACAAAGUGAUGUUUGACCGCAACUAUGGAUACUGCGUUGUUGGUAGCAACAGCUCUCAAUGCAAUUCACAAGGACUUUGGUCAAAAGCGUCACCAACCUGCGAACGAAUUCAAUGUCUACCUCUUAGCGAUCCCGAACAUGGUACAGUACAGUUGAGCUCAGAACAAAGGUUUGUAGAUGAUACGGCAGUUUACAGCUGCCAUUCCGGUUAUGAUCUAAAUAUGGAUAAAAAGAUUCAAAGAUUUACUCGAACUUGCUUACAACUCGAUAACCCUCACGAAUGCAAAGGAACGUGGAGCGAAAAAUCGCCAUGUUCAAGGUCGUGUCCGGAUCCUAACAAUUCUAACUUCAGAAAUGGAAGUAUACAGGGAAAUGCGUAUUUCUACCCCGAAACUAUCUCACUAAAUUGCGCGGAAGGUCACGAGCUGGUCGGCGGAGGAUCCUAUUUUCGGUGCAAUCAAAGUGGUCAGUGGCAUGAAAUAUCAAAACCCAGUGACGAGGCAUUACAACAAGCCACUGAUAGAAUAAACUCGGAACUUAAAAAAUUGAAAGCCUGCAUAUCAUCAAGUUCAAAUUCAAUCAAGACAAGGCACUUUCCUACCAAAGUGACACAAUUUCCCACCUGUCAAUCUAAAUAUUGCAGGAAACCUGUUGUUAACAGUCACUGUUCUCUGGUUUCAAGGAGUUUCCAUUACCCAAACAAAGUGAUGUUUGACCGCAACUAUGGAUACUGCGUUGUUGGCAGUAACAGCUCUGAAUGCAAUUCACAAGGACUUUGGUCAAAAGCGUCACCAACCUGCGAACGUAUACAAUGUCCGUCUCUUACAUCUAUAAGAAACGGCGGCUUUGUCCUGAAUAAAGACAACAGAUAUGUAGACACCAAAGCGCGCUACACCUGCAACAGAGGCUACGAUCUCUUGAUGGAUGCAAAGAGGUCAUCUUACGACCGGCAAUGCCGUCAAGCUAGAGACAUGAAAAGAUGUGAAGGAUACUGGAGCGGAAGAAAACCGUGCUGCAUACCAAGAUCUUGUCCGAAUCCUAAACCAUUUGUGAACGGAACGGUUAUUGGAGAUAAUUUCUUUUUUCCGGAAACAAUUUCAAUCAGCUGUGAUGUCGGCCACGAAUUGACAAAAUAUGGACCAGUUUAUCAAUGCAAUGAAACAGGGUCUUGGGUUCCUCUAUCCGGUCCAUUGCCAAAAUGGCAUAAACCCAAUAAUUUGCGGACUACAGCAAAACUGCAGCUAGUCCAAACUUGUCUAAGAAGAAAUAGCAUUCAAACGAAAAAUUUCGGAAAUUUUGAACUAAAUUUUGCAAGAUGCGAACGUAAGAACAGUGCACGUUUCUAA